CCGGAAGGGGCCGCCCGUCCUUCCUCUGCCCGGGGGGAACCUCUCGGGCCGCGCUGCGGGUCUCGCCGGCGGAGAACGGGACGGACCGGCUUCCGCUUCCGGCUGUGCUCUGUUCCGGCGGAGGGCUCGUCGCUUGAGCAGAAGCAUGGGGCAUGGGCACGAGCAUGACAAAGUAGAGCUUCCUGACUAUAAACAGUGGAAGAUUGAGGGGACUCCUCUGCAGGACGUACAGGAGCGCUUGGCCCGGCGGGGGCUCAGGGAUCCCUGGCUUCGCAAUGAAGCCUGGCGGUACUCCGGGGGCUUUGCCAAGCCUACCACUUUUAUGCAAGUUAUCGGCAAAGGAUUCAAAUGGGGAUUUGUAGCCUUUGUGGUCGCUCUUGGGGUGGAGUAUGCCUUUUUCCCUCCAAAGAAAGAUGAGGGGCAUCACUGAAGAUUGGCACUUGGAUCUUUUUUUUCUCUUCUAACAUGAAUAGUGCGUUCUGACAUAGCGAGAUGCACAUUAAAGCUCUCAACAGACAUAAA